GGCGGGGCCGAGGAGAGGGCGGUGCACUUCCCGCCCCGCCUUCACUACCGGGUCAGAGGAUAAAUUUCCAGCCCAGCUGUGGCGAAGCUUGUCGGGUCAGGGCUCAGAAACCAACACCAUGACUCUGAUCCUGGGUUACUGGGACAUCCGUGGGCUGGCCCACGCCAUCCGCCUGCUCCUGGAGUACACAGACUCCAGCUACGAGGAGAAGAAGUACACGAUGGGGGACGCUCCCGACUAUGACAGAAGCCAGUGGCUGAGUGAAAAAUUCAAGCUGGGGCUGGACUUCCCCAAUCUGCCCUACUUAAUUGACGGGGCUCACAAGCUGACCCAGAGCAAUGCCAUCCUGCGCUACAUUGCUCGCAAGCACAACAUGUGUGGGGAGACAGAGGAGGAGAAGAUUCGAGUGGAUGUUUUGGAGAACCAGACCAGGGACACAGCUGAUGACUUGGCCAGUCUUUGCUACAGCUCUGACUUUGAGAAACUGAAGCCUGGGUACUUGAAGGAGAUCCCUGAAAAGAUGAAGCCCUUCUCCGAGUUUCUGGGGAAGAGGCCUUGGUUUGCAGGGGACAAGCUCACCUAUGUGGAUUUCCUGGCUUACGAUGUCCUUGACCUGUACCGCAUUUUCGAUCCCAAGUGCCUGGAUGAAUUCCCAAACCUGAAAGACUUCCUCAGCCGCUUUGAGCAACAUCAAAGACGGCUGAAUUCAAAUCACCAGAGCAAACAUAAUCACAACGAAAAAGGGGGAGUUUUUGAGAAAAUCAUCCCAUGUGACACAGGCAGGAAGUGAGUAAAUGCUGUUGAAAAAAUGGGAUUGAUUAACUUGCUUAAGGCAGGGUUGAUAUCAAGGUUCAAUUUUGUUGUUGUUGUUGCUGUUGUUGCUUUCUAAGGCCACACCCAGCCUAUGGUGAUUCCCAGGCUAGGGGUUGAAUCGGAGCUGCAGCCUUCCACCUACACCACAGCCACAGCAAUGUGGGUACAAGCGGCACCAUGGCUCUCAGCAACACUGGAUGCUUAACCCACCCAUUGUUGAACCCACGUCCUCAUGGAUAUGAGUCGGGUUCACUACCACAGAGCCACAACGGGAACUCCGAAAGCUUCCAUUUGGAAAAGACACACCGUCUGUGAAGCACAGUAAUUGGACGUGGGCUAGAAUGAGCUAUGCCAGCCGUCAUCACCUCUGGAGGAUAUACAGCACCCAGCACAGUGGAACGUGUCCCUGGGUGGGAAGCGUUACCACAUGAGUUACAGGGCGUUGAAGAGGUAAUGGACCAGAACUAGGAACCCCAGGAAGACUGUCUUUUGUGGACCCCUUGACCCCACGAGGAAGGGCAAGCCCUGGUUCUCCAACUCGGAGUCUGGAGUGGAGCCUCUUGAGUCCCGGGGGGCCGCUAUCCCUGACGUCUGAGCUUCUUCCCAC